AGCAACCGUUGCAAACACAAGGUGUUUCAUCUGAAAAAGAAUAGGAUUCAACAAUGUUCUACAUUGCCAUACUAACAUCUAUAGGCGUACUAAUAGAAGCUCAGAUUAUAGGUUUUGUAAGUCAACUGGAACCACUCAUACCAUAUUAUAAAGUAGUACCUGAAGUCAAACUGCCGGAGGAAAUCAAGAAUUUAUUCCCCUCGACUCUGCCUUUGCCAGUGCCAGUGGCAUUACCGUCUAUGCCAGAAGUCGCACCAUUAAUUGUACCGGGUGUAGUUUCAUCUAUGCCAGAGGUAGUACCAUCUAUGCCAGACAUAGUACCAUCUAGUCCCGAGUUGAUGCCGCCUGUGCCAAAAUUAGUAGCGUCUGUGCCAGAAACAGUACCGCCUGUGCCAGAAGCAGUACCAUCUGUGCCAGUGGUAGCACCAGCUGUACCAGUAGCAGCACCAUCUGUACCUAUGUACUUGCCUUUCUCCAUAUAUUUUGAGAAUGAGAAAGGACCACCCUGCCCGCCUUGCAUGUGCCAGCCAGCUUGCACGCCAGCUUUCUUCUCCUACUGCUCACCGUGCCAUCAGAUAUGCCGUUGCCGCUUAGAAAACCUCAUCUCUCAACAAGUUGAUUGGUCGUGUGGAGUGAAAGUGCCAUGUUAAAUGAGUAUUAUGUUAAAAGGAUUUAAAGUAUACAAUUAUCUG